AUGAUGCCACCGAAGCCGAAUCAGCCUUUGCUACUAUAUAUAUCAGCAGCUUCCCAAUCUUUGGGGUGUAUGCUCGCACAGGAAGACCAAUGCGUUGAAAGAUCGGUCUACUAUCUCAGUAGAGCCUUGACCGAUACUGAAAUGCGAUACUCGGACAUCGAAAAAUUGUGCCUAUGUUUAUAUUUCACUUGCUGGAAGUUGAGAUAUUACAUGUUGCCAGUUGUGGUUUAUGUCCUGGCACAGACCGAUGUAAUAAAAUACAUCCUAUCCCGACCGUAUCUCAGGAAUCGGAUGGGAAAAUGGGCAGUGGCAAUGUCAGAAUUCACUCUCGUGUAUGUGCCUCAGAAAGCGGUUAAAGGGCAGGUCCUUGUCGAUUUUCUUUUAGACCACCCAGGGGUCGACAUAAAGGAGGGAAUCGGCUGUAUGGAACUACAUCCUUGGAAAUUAUGGUUUGACGGAUCCAGAACAGAGAAGGGUGCCGGAGCAGGAAUCGUCAUCGUCUCACCCUCGGGGGCACGGUUCACAACGUCUUGUUCUUUGACAUUCAAGUGUACCAACAACCAAGCCGAGUAUGAAACUCUCAUUUUAGGUUUGGAAAUCUUAAUGGAACUGGGGGCAAAAUCGAUCCAAGUCUGGGGAGAUUCACUGUUGGUAAUAAAACAAGUCUCUGGAGAAUACAAGUGCGAGUCGAAACUCUUAAUCCGAUACUGCAACAAAGCUAAGCAUCUUAUCGGUGGUUUCUCGGAUACAUGGUUAGAAUACACGGAGAGAAGCGAUAAUAUGGAGGCAAAUGACCUCGCCCAACACGGUAGCGGUUAUAAACCUUGCUAUGAGUAUGAAGCGAUCCGGCGAGAUACGCCGAACUUGGUAACCAGAGACGAUGCGGUGUACAAAGCAGCCCAUUUCGUGUACCAGUUGGAUUUUUCUACAGAUUGGAGGAAAGAGAUAACUAAAUGGUUUGAAUCGCCAGAUAUGUCCAACAGAAGAUUACGAACUUUGGCCCUCAAUUAUAUAGUUUUGGCCGAUGAGUUGUACAAAAAGGGGAGCGACGGUUUGCUUUUUAGAUGCAUCGGCCCAAAAGAAGCGAUGUUGGUCAUGGCCGAGGUACACGAGGGAAUCGCCGGCGCACAUCAGGCUAGUCCACGGAUGAGAUGGCUGAUCCAUAAGUAUGGAUUUUAUUGGCCCAAAAUGGAGCAAGAUUUUAAACCUUGGCCAUUUCGAGGAUGGGCUGUGGAUUUAAUUGGCAAAAUAUACCCAUCAUCGUCAAAAGGACACACGUUUGUGAUUGUCGCGACCGACUACUAUUCUAAAUGGGUUGAAGCCAUACCAUUGAAGUCACCAAGUCAAGAAUCGGUCAUAAAGUUCUUCAGAGAAUAUAUUAUCCUGAGGCAUGGUUUGCCAGAGACUAUUACAACGGACCAAGAAACUAUGUUUACUGGGAGCGAUAUAACCGAUUAUGCAAAAGAGAUGGGCUUCAAAUUGAUACGUUCGACUCCGUAUUACGCGCAAGCAAAUGGCCAAGCUGAAGCAACUAAUAAGGCGAUUAAGGGUAUUAUCCAGAAGAUGAUAGAAGACAACCCGAAACAAUGGCACCAUUUAUUAACAGAAGCCGUUUGGGCGAAUCGCACGAGUUAG